CUACGAACCUUCCCCUCCUCCGCCUAUAAAAUCUUCAUUCUCUCUCUCUCUUUCCGUUCAAAUUGUUUGGUAAGAUAAACUUCUGUGUCACUGUAAGUAAAAUCAUUCAAUUCCAUUUCCAUUUUCCAUUUCCGUUCGCAAUUCUUAGAUUUCUAUUUUGUUUUUUGAUUUUCCUGUUGUAUAUUUACUCUCUGUUCGUCAAAUUUUCAAGAUAAACAGAGCAGGAUAUUACAGAAUUCUUAUAUAAUUAUUUAAGAAAACCCUAAUUCAUCGAAUAUUUUCGUUCUAGCUCAAGAAUUAUGAAUUCUAGCUGUUGUAUUGGAAUAACCACCAUGAAACCCUGUUGUAGAAUUCUAAUUAGCCGUAGAAAUCCCUUCAUUUUCGGAUUCCCAAUCCGGAAAUGCGAUCAUUCAAUUGUGGAUAAUUUGUCGAAAUUUCAUUCAAAUUCGGCCCAUGGUCGGCGAAUCCAGUGUUGUUCUUCUAGGGUUUUAGGUUCUAGAUGUGUGAUUGAUCCGAAUCAGAGAGCCUUUUGUGUCUCUGAUUUGAGAUGGGGCCGAUCUAGGGUUUUUCCGGCUUCGUGUUGUGUUGAUAAAGGUAGGCGUCUUUCAGUUAUAGUCAAUGUUGCUUCAGAUAUUAGGAACCAUUCAACUUUGGUUGAGGCGCCUCAUGUUAAUGAGAAGGGCUUUGAGAGGAUUUACAUUGAGGGGGGCUUGAAUGUUAAGCCUUUGGUGAUUGAGAAAAUUGAGAAGGGUCACAGUAUAGGGAAAGAGGAAGAAUCUAGGGCAGAUGUUAAUGGUUCCAAUGUGCUUACUGAUAAUUUGAAGGGUUUGAAAGAGGCAAAGGCAUCGACUCGUGAGAGAGAGGUGUCUGAAAUUGAGAGAGAAGCGUGGAAUUUGCUUCGAGGUUCCAUCGUGAAUUAUUGCGGAAACCCAGUGGGGACUAUUGCAGCUAAUGAUCCGGUGGACAAGCUACCGCUCAAUUAUGAUCAGGUUUUUAUUCGUGAUUUUGUCCCAUCAGCGCUUGCUUUUUUGCUCAAUGGAGAAGGAGAGAUUGUGAAGAAUUUUCUCCUUCACACUUUGCAAUUACAGAGUUGGGAGAAGACUGUGGACUGCUAUAGCCCUGGCCAAGGAUUGAUGCCGGCAAGUUUCAAAGUUAGAACUGUGCCUCUUGAUGGAAGCAAUGGAGCAGUUGAGGAAGUUUUGGAUCCAGAUUUUGGUGAAUCAGCCAUUGGGCGUGUUGCCCCUGUUGAUUCGGGGUUAUGGUGGAUCAUUCUGUUGAGAGCUUACGGAAAGAUAACAGGCGACUAUGCGUUGCAAGAGAGGGUGGAUGUGCAGACAGGCAUAAGACUGAUCCUUAAUUUGUGCUUAACUGAUGGCUUUGACAUGUUCCCUACUCUUUUGGUCACUGAUGGUUCCUGCAUGAUUGAUAGACGGAUGGGCAUCCAUGGUCAUCCCCUUGAAAUCCAAGCCUUGUUCUAUUCUGCUUUACGCUGCUCUCGUGAGAUGCUCACUGUCAAUGGUGGAACAAAGAAUUUGGUGAUGGCUAUCAACAACAGACUUAGUGCAUUGUCAUUUCAUAUCAGGGAAUAUUACUGGGUGGAUAUGAAGAAGAUCAACGAAAUAUAUCGCUACAAGACUGAAGAAUACUCUACUGAUGCCACUAACAAGUUCAAUAUUUAUCCAGAUCAAAUUCCUGCCUGGCUAGUUGAUUGGAUUCCAGAGAAGGGUGGAUACCUUAUUGGUAAUUUGCAGCCUGCACAUAUGGAUUUUAGAUUUUUUACCCUCGGAAAUCUAUGGGCCAUUGUUUCCUCUUUGGGUACCCCCAAACAGAAUGAGGGUAUUCUCAAUCUUAUUGAAGCCAAAUGGGAUGAUCUUGUGGCUCAAAUGCCUAUGAAGAUAUCUUACCCCGCUUUAGAGAAUGAAGAAUGGCGUAUUAUCACUGGCAGUGACCCAAAGAAUACCCCAUGGUCAUAUCAUAAUGGUGGAUCUUGGCCAACGCUUCUGUGGCAGUUCACGUUGGCCUGCAUAAAGAUGAAGAAGCCCGAAUUAGCAAGAAAAGCUGUUGCUUUGGCUGAGGCAAGGCUAAUGGUGGAUCAGUGGCCUGAAUAUUAUGACACACGGAAUGGGAGGUUCAUAGGCAAGCAAUCCCGGCUUUUCCAAACAUGGACAAUUGCUGGUUUCCUGACCUCAAAGAUGCUCUUGGAGAACCCUGAAAUGGCAUCCUCGUUGUUCUGGGAAGAGGACUAUGAGCUCCUCGAGAUCUGUGUCUGUGCACUAAGCAAAACUGGUCGGAAGAGGUGCUCGCGUGGCGCUGCAAGAUCUCAAAUGCUCUUUUGAUCACAAUUCCCUCCUUUGAAGACUUUAUUAGCAUAUUGGCUGGAAAGGGCAAUUUGAUUUAUAUAACACAGCAUAUUUUCAUCAUGUGGACAAACUAGGCGGUGAUCUUGUACACAUACACAUUGGUAUAUGUCAGAUUUUUUGCUGACAUUUCCAGGUAAAAAAGGUUUAACAGAUUACAAUACUGUAAAAACCUUGAUCAGUGUACCAUGGAUUAGGGUAGAUGACUGAAUUGAAAUAGAGGGGCUGAUGUUUUUGGAAGGCCUCCAACCUAUUGUAACAGUUCUGGAUUUGAACAGUUGAUUGUAUAUGUAAUAAAUCAUCACCCAUUUACAUGCA